AUGAGAGAAAUUGUUCAUGUUCAAGUUGGUCAAUGUGGGAACCAAAUGGGUUCCAAGUUCUGGGAAAUUAUAUCCGAUGAACACGGCUUAGACAAUGAGGGUAACUUUACCCUAACUGAUAGUAAGAAUGAUAUGCGUCUGGAAAGGAUCAACGUCUACUUCAAUGAAGCCUCGGGUGGAAAAUACGUUCCAAGAUCAGUCUUAGUUGACUUAGAGCCGGGGACAAUGGAUGCUAUACGAUCCUCCGCAUAUGGUCGACUUUUUCGUCCUGACAACUUUGUAUACGGUCAAGCCGGAGCUGGUAACAACUGGGCUAAAGGACACUACACCGAAGGUGCUGAACUUGUGGAUUCAGCUUUAGAUGUAAUAAGAAAAGAAGCAGAAGGUUGUGACUUUUUACAAGGCUUCCAACUGACUCAUUCAUUGGGCGGUGGAACCGGCUCAGGUAUGGGCACCCUUUUAAUCUCGAAAAUUCGAGAGGAAUAUCCAGAUAGGAUUAUGACAUCAUUUAGCGUGGUUCCUUCCCCGAAGGUCUCUAAUACCAUAGUUGAACCUUAUAACGCUACACUUUCGGUGCAUCAAUUAGUAGAAAAUACUGACGAAACGUUCUGCAUCGAUAACGAAGCUUUGUAUGACAUUUGCUUCCGUACGCUUAAAUUGAGCAAUCCCAGCUAUACAGACCUUAACCAUUUGGUAUCCUAUACCAUGAGCGGAGUCACGACAUGCUUACGUUUCCCUGGUCAGUUAAAUGCAGACUUGCGUAAAUUAGCUGUUAAUAUGGUUCCAUUCCCACGUCUACAUUUCUUCAUGCCUGGUUUUGCGCCAUUGAUUAGUGCGAAGACACAGAAUUAUCUUGCCUUAACUGUCGCUGAAUUAACUCAACAAAUGUUCGAUAAUCGUAAUAUGAUGGUAGCUUGUGAUCCACGACAUGGUCGCUAUUUAACUGUUGCGACGAUAUUCCGUGGUAAAAUGCCUAUGAAAGACGUCGACGAUCAAAUUUUCAACAUCCAAAAUCGCAAUAGCGCAUACUUCGUUGAAUGGAUUCCAAACAAUAUUAAAACAGCUGUCUGUGAUAUUCCUCCACGUAAUAUGAAGAUGGCCGGUACCUUUAUUGGAAAUAGCACAGCGAUACAAGAACUUUUCAAGAGAAUCAGCGAACAGUUUAGUGUCAUGUUCCGUCGUAAAGCUUUCCUUCAUGGAUACACCAGUGAAGGAAUGGACGAAAUGGAAUUUACAGAGGCCGAGUCGAACGUGAAUGAUUUAGUUUCGGAAUACCAGCAAUAUCAAGACGCUACAGCCGAAAACGAUAUGGAUGAGGAUGAUGAAGAAGAAGAAGAAGGAGACGAAGAGUAA